GCUUUAACGAACCAAAUUUAGGGCAAUGGAAUGUCGCUACUGUGGAAAGAGUUCACAGGGCAUUCGAUGGUGCAGAAGAAUUCGCGCAGCCGCUGAACACGUGGGAUCUAUCAAAAGCAUUCGAGGUUUGGCUUAAUGAGGAAAGCACACAAGAUUUUCCACCCUUGUCUCUCUUCACUUUUGAUUCCUUUCUCGAAUCUCUUGAGUGGGGUCGCAGCAAAAAAAGCAUUUGCGAUUCUCCUCCUGAAUUCUGGCCGCGCGAUCCCACGAAGAAAACCAGAAAAGGCCACAUUGCACUGUCUCUCAUGUCCCGAGCCUCUGCUUCUAAAUCCU